AUGUCGGCUUCCACGGUGAUGGAGUUUGCUGUCCAAAUGACCUGUGAUGGAUGUGCAAAGACUGUCAGAUCAAGUCUGGAGGGAGUGGAUGGAAUUAAAUCCAUACAAAUAAAUUUGGAGAAUGAACAGGUGAUUGUGGAGGGAACUCUACCCUCUAACCAUGUAAAAGAGCUCAUAGAGGCAACUGGGAAAGUGGCAGUACUGAAGGGAUAUGGAUCAAACACAGAAACCCAGCAACAGGAUACUGCUGCAGCAGUUGCGAUGAUGGAGGCAGGAAACACUAACAUCAAAGGAGUUGUCAGGUUUGUGCAGACUGGGGAGGACACCUGUGUAGUAGAAGGUACAGUGGAUGGACUUCCCGUAGGAAAACAUGGACUGUUUAUACACGAGUGCGGAGAUAUAUCUGAUGGCUGUCGGAGCUGUGGAGAUAUAUUUGGAAGAAUGGGACCUCUGACAAGAAAGGUGGCUGGAGCUAUGGGUGACAUAAAGGUCCAUCCUGAUGGGCGGUCUGAAUUUCACAUGAUAAAUAAAAAUAUCAAAAUUCAGGAUGUGAUUGGCCGAUCGAUGAUAAUUCAUGAGGAAGAUACAGAUGCCUGCAUUCAAAAUAAGCCGGAAAAUCGGUUAGUGUGUGGUAUCAUUGCCAGGUCAGCAGGUCUAUUUCAGAACAGCAAGAAAAUCUGCUCAUGUGAUGGCGUUACUUUAUGGGAUGAGCGUAAUGUUCCAAUGGCAGGGGAUGGGCGCAAAUCUAAAAUGUAACUAGAUCAACAAAAACAAGGCUUGAUAAAAUGAAAUCCAGUUUUUUCAUAUACUUUGAACACCUUCAAAAUCAUUACAGCUUAAAUGCAUUAGUGAUUCCAUACAAACUUGUGAUGUGACAUGCAGAGAUACACACAGUUUUAAGACAAGUUUCUGAUAUAGAGGAUUACUAGUAAGGAUCAUAUUGUGGAGAAUUUCAAUACAUGGAAUUUAGGAAGAAAAGAUGAAAAUGAUAAUAAUGUGACAGUAAAUUUCUUUUGAAGUUCAACACUAUUACCCAAGAAGUUGACUUAUUCAGAUAAUUACAUCUUCACAUGGUACUGUUGUAUAAAAGUAUUGAGGGAUUGAUAAAUAUGCAGGCUAGUGCUUGAAUGAUGUCCUGUUGUAAUGUGUGAAAACUUAAAUAUUACACUAUUUGUACAGUAUAAUGAACUGUAAUCCUGGAAAAUUUUAAGAUAUUCGGACAUUUAUUGAAUUUGUUCUUAAAAAAUUGUGCUUGUAAGAAGGUCAUUGGUUUCAGAUAUGUAAUCCUGAUUUCCUGACUUUGCUGUAGAUACAUGUAUAAUAUAUUUUUGUUUGCAGUCAGUCAAUUUAAUCUGAUUUCAAAGAUGGAAUAUUACCAGUACAUUAUUGUGUUAUUGAAAAAACAAGAUGUGUUAUUUUGAAUUUGAUUUAUAUCCAAUCAUUAUCAUUUUUGUUAUGUUAUUUUGUACUGAUUUUAAAAUGUAUAUAUAAUGUACAUUUAUAGUUGCUAAUAAAUGUGAUCUCCAGAUAAGGAAAAUACUAUGAUACAGUCUAACUGUUAAUGUAUUUUAAUGAAUAAAGAGUGUGCCAAGUAA